AGUUUCACCGCUGUGGUCACCUGAUUUGUUGUGUGUGUUGCUGAUCUAGAAACAUGGCUGCCCACCUAUCGUACGGUAGAGUGAAUUUAAACAUUUUGAGAGAAGCAGCACGAAAAGAGCUUCGCGAGUUUUUGGAUAAAUGUGCGGGGAGCAAGGCCAUAGUUUGGGAUGAAUAUCUGACGGGACCUUUUGGACUGAUAGCUCAGUACUCUCUACUGAAGGAACAUGAAGUGGAAAAGAUGUUCACCCUCAAGAGCGGCAGGCUCCCGGCUGCCGACGUCAAAAAUAUCAUCUUCUUUGUUCGUCCCAGACUGGAGCUCAUGGACAUCAUCGCUGAGAAUGUCUUCAGUGAGGACAAGAUGCAUUCGGCACGAGACUUCCACAUUUUGUUUGUGCCUCGGCGGAGCAUGCUGUGUGAACAGCGGUUGAAGGAGCAGGGUGUGCUGGCCUCUUUCAUCAAUAUUGACGAGUACAUCUUGGACCUGAUCCCCUACGAUGGCGACCUGCUCUCCAUGGAGUACGAAAGCGCAUUUAGGGAGUGCUACUUAGAAAAUGACCAAACAAGCCUUUACCACACAGCCAAAGGUCUCAUGACGUUACAGGCACUGUACGGCACCAUUCCACAGAUAUACGGGAAAGGAGACUGUGCACGGCAUGUUGCCAACAUGAUGCUGAGGAUGAAGAGGGAGUUUGCCGGCAGUCAGAAUCAGAUCCUGCCUGUGUUCGAUACUCUGCUCCUCCUGGACCGUAAUGUGGACCUGCUCACCCCUCUGGCCACACAGCUCACCUACGAGGGUCUCAUUGAUGAGAUCUAUGGAAUCACUAACGGUUAUGUCAAGUUGCCUCCUGAGAAGUUUGCACAGAAGAAGCAAGGUGAGGCGAGUAAAGAUUUACCCACAGAGCCCAAGAAGUUACAGCUGAACUCAGCAGAGGAGCUGUACGCAGAAAUACGGGACAAAAACUUCAAUGCUGUCGGAGCAGCGCUCAGCAAGAAGGCAAAAAUAAUUUCAGCAGCCUUUGAGGAGCGCCACAAUGCUAAAACAGUGGGAGAAAUCAAGCAGUUUGUGUCUCAGUUGCCCCACAUGCAGGCAGCUCGAAGCUCGCUGGCUAACCACACUUCUAUAGCAGAGCUGAUCAAAGACAUCACCACAUCUGAGGCCUUCUUUGAUAAUCUAACAGUGGAGCAGGAGUUUAUGACUGGAGUCGACACAGACAAGGUGAACACGUAUAUAGAAGACUCUAUUGCCCAAAAGGAUCCACUGAUCAAGAUUCUGCGUCUGGUGUGCAUGCAGUCAGUGUGCAACAAUGGCCUCAAGCAGAAGGUGUUCGACUACUAUAAAAGAGAGAUUCUCCAGACUUAUGGAUAUGAACACAUCCUGACACUGAAUAACCUGGAGAAGGCGGGUCUUUUGAAGCCACAGACGAGCUCAAGAAAUAACUACCCAACUAUAAGAAAAACACUCAAACUGUGGAUGGAGGAUGCCAAUGAACAGAACCCCAACGACAUCUCCUAUGUGUACAGUGGCUACGCUCCACUAAGCAUCAGGCUGACCCAGGUGUUAGCCCGGCCCGGGUGGCGGAGCAUCGAAGAGGUGCUGAAGAUGCUUCCGGGCCCACACUUUGAGGAGAGACAACAGCUGCCUGCCGGGCUUCACAAGAAGCGUCAGCAGGGGGAGAAUCGGACAACGCUGGUGUUCUUCCUCGGCGGAGUAUCGUACGCAGAAAUAGCUGCUCUCCGCUUCCUCUCUCAAAUGGAAGACAGCGGGAUGGAGUACAUUAUAGCCACCACAAAACUCAUGAACGGUACAACUUGGAUCAAAUCCCUCAUGGACCGGCCUGAAUCCCAGACCUCCUGAGUCACCUGCAUGUACACCUGGCCACAUCAAACACCCCAUCCAUCCAUCAGAAAACCUCAGCUGCUGUUUUUUUUUUUUACAUGUCAAUAUCAGUGUACUGCAGGUGUUUCAUUGAUGUCUGUGCAAAAACAGGCCCUUUAAAGGUGCCCUGUGGAGUUUGCUUUUCUUCAUUCGAGGUUACAGACCUACGUGUGUUGUGUUUCCUUGAACCUUUGACAACAUUUUGAAUGUAAUUCCUUCUUUAUAACAUUUGCAAAUCUGAUUUAUUCAAAAGAAAAAUAAAUGACCAGUUGCUCUGUAUAUUAAACAACGGAUCAAAAAUGUGUUUGUUGCUCUUGAAACCAGGCAAUUCAAAUUUAAGAGAAACUAACAAAUGAGUAAGGAAACACUUUUAAAGCCUUUAUUAUAGUGACUAAAUCAAUAAAAAACCCGACAUGUCUUGACCACUAGGUCUUCGUCUGGGCUCAAAUCCUUCAAUGUUGUUAAUUUUUAAAAAGAUUUUGGAUUGCCUUCCUGUUCAUCCUGAUUUUUAUUUUUAAAUUGUGCGUUGUUAUAUCCAUGCUCUCUUGCUUGCUUCUUGUACUGUACUACUCUUGUCCAGUGCCACCACCCACAACAGACCAGUGAAGUGGUGUGAAACUGUCAGUGAAUGUGUAUCAUGUCACCUGCUGCCUAAUGCAUGAGCAUGACACAAACAAAAUGUCAAAACCACUUGUACAAACAUUCGUCCAUAGCACUUUUAGUGGUCAUAAACUCCACAGGGCACCUUUAAUAUUUUUUCCAGUCCUUUUUUGUUUUUUUGCACCGAGACAAUAUAAUAUAAAGCUGGUUUAGAGUUACGUACACGCCUAUGUCCUCUGGCUGCGUUUCCAUCACUGAGGUCAUUGCUCUGCUAUGGAGCUCCUGUAAAUAUGUAUGUAUCGGGAUGUUUUAGAUGAUGUCAUAUAUAAGUUGAUUAAAGGCACACUUCAGUUUUUUUAUGCCUUUUCUUGCCAGCUUUCUGUGGCUUUUGCUGGGCUGAAAAAUACACAAAUAAAGGUCUUAACUAACUAAAA